AAAAAAGGAGUACCUGUUGAUGAGUGCAUAUACAUUGUGAUGCCUCAACCUUGGGCACCGAAUAGAGAGUUUGACACUGAGCAAGAUGGAGAAGUUUCUUGUUGGUGUCUUCUCUAGCAGCAAGUACUUCUAGUGUGGUGGGCAAAAAGAGUGCUCUGUCCUCCUCCUCUACUCUGUGGAUUGUUCCUUUCUUUCCUUUUUCUUUUCACCCUUAAUUUUCUCGAGAGAUGGAAGUAAGCCAAGAAGCUAAGGUAAUGGAGAGCAAAGGGAGAUUUAAGAGGAUAUGUGUCUUCUGUGGGAGCAAGUCAGGCAACAAAAAGUCCUUUGCUGAAGCAGCUGUUGAGCUUGGAAAGCAAUUGGUGGAGAAAAAUAUAGACCUUGUUUAUGGUGGCGGAAGUGUAGGUCUGAUGGGUUCGAUAUCCAGGACUGUGUUUGAUGGCGGUUGCAGUGUUCUUGGAAUCAUUCCGACUGCUCUCCUGCCAAAUGAGAUAUCAGAGGAGACUUACGGGGAGGUGAUCAAGGUAGCAGAUAUGCACGAGAGGAAGUCAGAAAUGGCUAAGCAUGCCGAUGCCUUCAUAGCCCUGCCAGGUGGCUAUGGAACCAUGGAGGAACUCAUGGAGAUAAUAGCUUAUGCUCAACUUAAGAUCCAUGACAAACCAGUAGGAUUGCUCAAUGUGGAUGGAUACUAUGAUGACUUACUCACACUGUUCGACAAGGGAGUGGAUCAAGGGUUCAUAGACGACCAUGCAAGGCAAAUUGUUAUUGCAGGAGAGACAGCAGUGGAGCUUCUUGAGAAAAUGGAGGGGUACGUACCAGCCAGCAGUUCAUGAGAGGGUUGAGCCGGAAAUGGCUGAGCAAGUGGCCCAGUUAGUGAUGAAGCAGAGGCUACAAGUGUAUAUCAGUCUCAACAUCAAUUAUUAGGGUUCAUAUAUAUAUAAAUAUAUAAAUAUAUAUAUGUGUGUGGUACUGCCUAGCCCUCCUAUUUCCAAUGAUUGUUGUACUGAGAAGAUGUGACAAAGGCAGUUUGGUUGCCUUUGAAGGGGGAUUAAUUAUGAGCAUCAACUUGUUUAAGCAAUGAAGAAAUUGAUCUGAUCUA